AUGUCGCUUAAACUAAAAUCAAAUCUUGAAUGUUCAUCGAUGAAAGUUGAGAAAAGUUCAAAGGGUAAACGAUUAACAAAGGUUUUAUCGAAAUUACUUUGGCAUUUUAAUCAAGCAGUACCAACUUAUACACCUACUGCUAGUCGUCGUGCUAGAUCAUUUGAUAGAUGUAUACCAAAUUCGUAUUCUCAUGAAGAAAAAAAAGUAAUGGAUAAAAAUCGUGUUCAAUUUGGAUAUAUAAAAAAUUUUCGUAUGCAUUCAAUACGUCAACGAACAACAACCUUAACGUCAAUUAAAGAAGAAAAUGAAAAUGAUAUUAUGAAUUGUAAAUAA